UGAGUGGAGAGAGUGAGUAAGAAGGGGGAGGGGAGUGACAUCUGAGUGAAAGAGAGGAAAACAGUGGACCAGGAGAGGACAGAGGGACACACUUUUGAGAUCUGACAUUCCCUUGAGCUUCGUAAACCACCGCAAGGACCAGCUACAAUGGUGCUCUUGUUGAUGAUGGUGACAGUGCUUCAUUUGGUAACCCUGGCCAUUCUGUUUAUAGCCACUAUGGAGAAGUCGUGGUGGACGCUGGACAAUGUGGAGAAUGUGGAUCUCUGGCAUAAGUGCAUGUAUGACAACAACACAGAGACAUGGUUAUGUGCCUCCGUAAAUGAGAACGAAUGGCUGCAAUCAGUGCAGGCGCUCAUGGUCCUCUCAGUGGUCUUCUCCUCCAUGUCCUUCCUGGUGUUCCUGGGCCAGCUCUUCACCAUGUCCAGAGGAGGACUCUUCUACUUCACCGGCUUUUGCCAGAUUUUAGCAGGUUUGGCAGCGUUUGCGGCCGUCCUGAUUUACACUUUCCAGCGGGAGCUGAUCCUGCAGUUUUCGAAGGAGCUGUCCAAGGGCCGUUUUGGGUACUGCUUCAUCCUGGCCUGGGUGUGUGUCCCCCUGCUCAUCUGCAGCGGGGUGCUGUAUGUGCACCUGCGCAAGACAGACAAAUCUUAAGCUUGGUCAAAGACUGUGCAUUACUUACUGCAUUCAUUUAGUUUAAGAGUACAUGUCUGUCAUGCUUUAAUCCUUAUAGGUGGAGUUUGAGUUGCGUGUGUGUGCGUGUGUGCGUGUGUGUGUGUGUGUGUGUGUGUGUGUGUGUGUGUGUUUGUGUGUGUGUGUUUGUGUUGGGGGGGUGCAACACUUUAUUUUACCUGCAUACUUAGAGACACGUACUGACCAGAGAUGAGGACUUUAGUUGCACUUGUCAGCGCUGAAGUGAUUUCAACUGAUUCAUUGCUCAAAUUGGAAUAGCCAAUGACUGACGUCCAAGUCAAGUCUCACCAAUAAUUUACUCGCAACUCCACACAGACUCAACAGUGACUUGCAACUCCAUUUGGACCAGCCAGUUAUUGAGUUGCAACUUCACUCAGACUAGCAAACACUUGAACUGAAGUUAUUGUCACUGAACUCGACUCAGACUUUUUUUAACGUUACUCCUUGACUGACUUUUAACUCAAUUGGACUAACCUUUGCAACUUCACUUGGACUAACCAUUUACUGACUUUCAACUUAACUCAAACUAGUCCUUGACUGACUCUCAACUCUACACAGACUAUUAUUGACUAUUUAAACCAGACAGUUACUGACUUGCAACUUGUUUCGCACUAACCCUUGACUGACUCGCAACUUGACCCAGACUAGCCUGUGACAAACUCGCAACUUGAUUUGGAAAAUCCAUUGCCUGGCCAUAAAACAACUCGGGCCAUAAAACAAGGUUGUACCCUGUCUAAUGUGCAUCAUGGAUAAAUAACAUACCAGCUUUCUCUUCAUUUCUAAUAACAAUUUGAUACGUAACUAAAGUUCAUGGCUUAAAACUCAAGACUUGAUUCUGACUCAUAGCUCAGAGACUCAGGCCUUGACUCAGACUUGCGUAAAGUGCCUUGGAAGCAUCUCUGGUACUGACUCUCAGUCUACUGACAUGAACGUACAGUAAAGAUUUUAAGGGGUUAAAGACCAGUUCUACAACAAAUAACUACUGCCACGUUAUAAAAAGGCGAACAUAAAGCAGUAGAAGCAUUUUUAAUCAUACUGUAUUAUACAAACAUUCAUAUGCAAAAGUUUUGACACAUUGGUCAAAUGACACGUUUUGUUGAUUUCUGUUGAAAAUAUUUGGACAAAUUCUUUACAGAGAACACACAAAUGCACAUUUUAGCAUAUUGACAAAAACAUACAAAACAAUUUUACAUUUCAUUUUGUUCCAAUAUGUUAAACUCACACAACUAGCCACACAACCUCUGUGUAGACAAUCAACACAAUGUGACUUGACCGGGUGUUUUCAAGCUUUUGCAUAUGACUCCAUCUCCAGAAUAGUAGCUUUACAGGGGAAGGCAAAAACAUUCUUAACUUUUAAUGCAAGUUAAUGUAAAGAGAAUUUAUUCCAAGUCAUUUCGGAGCAUUGAUCAAUCACCAUGUGAAGGACAGCUGCUGUGUUGGUAUUACUUUCCAUUUCAAUUCUUUUUAAUUUAAAGCAUUAACAUUAACCUGAUAAAGCGAUUUAAGCUCCAAUGCACCCCACCACCCCCCUACUUUGCACUUUUCUGGGUAUCCCUGCUUCUGCUGUAUUCACCCUGUAUUCUGUGUUCCAUGCUAAACUCUGGACUUUCACGUGGUGUGCUGCUACAGAACGUACACAGAUGUUACUUUAGCAGAGUAACUGAAUUUUCAGCAUAUUGUUUGUCAGUAUUAUGCUAUGUGACCUGUUAUGUCAUUUCCAGCUCUGUUAAAUCAGUACAUCAUUUUGAGAUGACUGACAUAUGGAGAACAAAGUGAUUUCUUAUGGUCUAUAUAAACAAUGCUAAAGAAGAGCAUCGCCUAUGUAUGUUAAAGCUUUACUGCAUAUUUCCUUUAUUUGAGUGUAUUAAAAUGUAAAUAUAUAGUAGUAGUAUAGUAGUAGUAGUAGUAGUAGUAGUAGUAGUAGUAGUAGUAUAGUAGUAGUAGUAUAGUGCAGUGGCUAACACCUCUGCCUUCUAUGCUAUAGACUGGGGUACAGUCUCCCAACUAAACUAUAUCAAUAAGAAUCCUUGGGCAAGACUUCCUACACUACAUUCGCCCACCUGUGUUAAAAAGGAUCAAAUUGUAAGUUGCUCUGGAUAAGAGUGUCUGCCAAAUGUCAUAAAUGUAAAAUGUACAUGAAAUAAAGGUUCUGUGCAGGUACAGUUUUUGUUCAACAAGGUACAAACAAUGUAAACGUACCCUCAAAGGUACAAUAGUGGUUUUAAGGUCCAGUUAUGAACCUUAACUAAGCUCUUCCCAGCUGAAAGGUGCAGAGCAAAUGACAAUAUAUGUUGUUCUUAUGAUAAAUUAUGUCAUGAUACAAGGCAGUAUGCCUUUCUGAUCAUAUCAUGUACAUCAUCAUUACUUUCAGUACGCAAACCAAUUGCCUGUUUCAUUAUAAAGGAAGCAAAAUUUG